CUCUUCAAGGUACUUUAUCUUGCAUAGAGACAUGGCUAGAGUUUUGGUAUUAAUCCUACUUCAAGUGAGCUUCUUUGCAGUGUUUGCUAAAGAGUUUGAUAAUCUUAAACACAAACACCAUCAUCACCGUCACCAUCAUCAUCACCAACUUUCCCCAUCCCCAGCCCCAGCCCCAACCCAUGGCCAUGUCCAUGCUCCUUCUUUAGCCCCUACUCGUCCACCCUUUCCCUUUGAUACUACAAUUAUCUCAUUGUCCACUAGUUAUGAGGAGGGUUUGGAUCAUAAGCACAACAAACACCACAAACGCCACAAACAUCGUCACCAUCACUCUUCAUCCCCAGCCCCAUCCCCAGCCCCAACCCAUGGCCAUGUCCAUGCUCCUUCUUUAGCCCCUACUCGUCCACCCUUUCCCUUUGAUACUACAAUUAUCUCAUUGUCCACUAGUUAUGAGGAGGGUUUGGAUCAUAAGCACAACAAACACCACAAACGCCACAAACAUCGUCACCAUCACUCUUCAUCCCCAGCCCCAUCCCCAGCCCCAACCCAUGGCCAUGUCCAUGCUCCUUCUUUAGCCCCUACUCGUCCACCCUUUCCCUUUGAUACUACAAUUAUCUCAUUGUCCACUAGUUAUGAGGAGGGUUUGGAUCAUAAGCACAACAAACACCACAAACGCCACAAACAUCGUCACCAUCACUCUUCAUCCCCAGCCCCAUCCCCAGCCCCAACCCAUGGCCAUGUCCAUGCUCCUUCUUUAGCCCCUACUCGUCCACCCUUUCCCUUUGAUACUACAAUUAUCUCAUUGCCCACUAGUUAUGAGGAGGGUUUGGAUCAUAAGCACAACAAACACCACAAACGCCACAAACAUCGUCACCAUCGCUCUUCAUCCCCAGCUCCAUCCCCAGCCCCAACCCAUGGCCAUGUCCACGCUCCUUCUUUAGCCCCUACUCGUCCACCCUUUCCCUUUGAUACUACAACUAUCUCAUUGUCCACUAGUUAUGAGGAGGAUUUGGAUCAUAAGCACAACAAACACCACAGACGCCACAAACAUCGUCACCAUCACUCUUCAUCCCCCGCCCCAUCCCCUGCCUAGGUUUACACUUUCGCUCUCACUAUGCAUUCCUUGCAUAUAUAUGUAAUAAAGGAUUGUUGCCAGAGUUAAAAUUACUAAAAUUAUUUUUAUCGAUGUAACAAUAUACAUAAAAAAUUUAAACAAAAGUAUGUUUAUCGAUUUAACAA